GCCGACAAUAAAACCCUCGUUUGUCCUUACUUUUCCCCCGCCCCACGCUUCCUGUCGAUCGCUCUUCCUCUCUCCUUUGCCCAGCGCCACCACCAUCACUCUCUCUCUCUCGCUCUCUCUCUCUCGAAUUCCGAUUUCUCUCUCGCCAGAAUGGCCUCCAAAGAGCCGGAGCAGCAGCCGCAGCACCGCGAAGACGAGGAAGCCCCCGCCGCCGAAGACGAGGACACCGGCGCUCAGGUCGCCCCCAUCGUCCGCCUCGAGGAGGUCGCCGUCACCACCGGCGAAGAAGACGAAGAGGCCAUCCUCGAUUUGAAAGCGAAGCUCUAUCGAUUCGACAAGGAAGGGAACCAAUGGAAGGAGAGGGGCGCCGGUUCCGUUAGGUUUUUGAAGCACAAGGAAACUGGCAAGGUCCGGCUCGUCAUGAGACAGUCCAAGACCCUCAAGAUCUGCGCCAAUCAUCUCAUUAUCCCGACUAUGUCGGUCCAGGAACACGUCGGGAACGAGAAGUCCUGCGUUUGGCACGCCAGGGACUUCGCCGAUGGUGAGCUGAAGGACGAGCUCUUCUGUAUCAGAUUCGCGUCCAUCGAAAAUUGCAAAAACUUCAUGGAGAAGUUCCAGGAGGUUGCUGAAUCUCAACAGAAGAAAGAGGAAAAUGAAGAUGCAAGAGCAACUGCAUCGCUCCUUGAUAAGUUGACUGUUGAGGAAAAGAAAACAGAAGAUAAAUCAGGUGAAGAUGUGCCAGUAUCAAAGGAAGGCGAAACGGUAACUGAACCUGCCCCAGCAGAUGGGGAUAAGAAAAGUGAGCCUGGUUCCUCGGCUUAAAGGGGGAUACUGCUUUUGAACCAGGAUCUACCGGCUGCAAUGAGGUUGUGGCUUUAUGAAGGUCUUUUUCUGCCGGUCCCUAGUCAUUUGUCUGGAUUGGUCCUCUAGUUUCUGGUCUGUCAAAUUGGUCCGGACAAAUAGAAUCGAGUCUGGGAUUAGACGGGAGUUUAUGGUCUUGGGUUUGUUGAAGGUUUUCACUAUUUCUUUCACCUUCGCAACUCUUGGAAAUUGAUUAUUAGUUGGUGGAAAUUACAGUAAGAGGCAGUGACAGUAUCACCAACAUAAUUGAGUCGGGUCAUACUUGCAUAUGUUGUGCUGGUUUUUUCUGUACCGUGUGAAGAAUCUAUCUGCAUGAUGUAUGCAGAUAGAUUCCUUUUCUAGACAUGCGAUGGGGAAAUGUUAUCUUUUGUUUAAUUAUUUCAUCAAUUAAAUUAUUGAGCAACCCAAAGUAUA